AUGGCAACAAGACCGCACGGACUUUAUAACAGUCAACAUGCUACUAAUUAUAUAAAUAAAAAAGGAAUUCAUGAAUUAUUCGAGGCCAUAAUGACAGCUCUAAUGGUUCAUAAACCUGAUGAUCAUAUUACUUUUAUUCGUGAAUGUUUAGACAAGGUGCAAAAUAAUCCAAAUCGUCUUCGCUGGGAUCAUUUUGUGACAAAUACCAGUAAUACAAAAGGUGCCUUACCAUCAAGACAAGCAAUUGCUAAAACUCGACAAAAACCAUUGCCUCCUGUUCGCAGUUCAAAUUCAACAGUAAAAACAACUCAUACAUCAAAUCGUCAAACGACAAUCAAAAUACCGGCAUUACCACCCAUUGAUAAUAACAAAAAAAAUUCUCAAAAUCUACCUAUUGUUCUUGUUCUAAGUUCAUCUGGUUCAACAAGAUUAUGCUCAAGAUUACUCGAACGUUACGAUGAAAUAACUUAUUUAUUGAUUAAUGAUAUUGCCAAUAUUGAUGAAGGCGAUGACAUCGAUCUUAGAAAACAUGAACAUCGAUAUGAUUGUGUUCAGCAUGCAAUAGAACAACGUCAUUUAAAUUCACAUGGUUUUCUUAUUGCUGGUCAUCUUGAUGAAAGACAUUUUUAUGAUAAAUGGCUAGAAAAACUCGGACGCAUUGAUUUAAUAAUUAUUUUAUCAUCCAAUCGACAAACAAUAUCAAAUCAAAAUUUAGAUAUUAUUCAAAUCGAUUCAAAUAAUGAUUUUGACAUUAUACUUGCCGAUACAAUUCGUGCUAUUGAUGAAGUCUUUCCUCAUAAUACAUUAAUGAAUCAACCGUCUCAAUUAAUUGAAUCGAGAAAAAAUCAUUUUACUUUACCAAUUAUAUUUUGCAUUGAUAUUCAUCGUUUAUUAAUAAAAGAACAUAAUACUGAUAGUAAUGGAAAUAAACUUGUCGAAAAUUUAUCAAUUGAUGAUGAAUUUGAUAUAACUAAUGAAGGCAGUGAAGCUGAAAGUAACAAUUCAUUUAUUUAUACAUUAUGUGAACGUUUAGCCGAACAAUUUUCAUUUAAACAUAUUCAAUUUGGAGAUUCAAAUAAUAUUUUACUUAAUUUUGAUCAAUUAAAAACAACAAUUAUUGAAUCAAUGAGUACAUGUACUGGUUAUAUUAUUGAACAUUUUCCAACUUCAUUUGAUAAUCUUCAAAAAUUUCAAGCAGAUAUUGGUCCUUGUUCAGCAUUAAUUUAUAUUGGUGACCAUAGAAAUGAAACAAAAAAUAGUGAAUUCAAUAGUAUUAUUGAAAAAUUUAGACAAGAAAAUAAAUCUAUUUUUUUUCAAUAUUGUCUUCCAAUUAUGAAUCAAAUGAAUACAAAUGCUAAUACAGAAUUAGCAAAAGACUAUAUUGCUAAACGAAAAAUUCCUCAACUAUUCGAAGCAUUAAUCACUGGUCUUAUGGUUCAUAAACCAGAAGAUCAUAUUGAUUUCAUUAUUGAAUCUUUAACACGUCAUAAAGAUGGCAAUCAGCAAUUAAAAUGGGAUACAUUUAUUGGACGCAAAGGUGGUAUGAAAAAUACAUUGGUUCCAUUGAAAACUUCGACAAAUACAAAUGUUACGUCGCCACCUUCUUCUUCACAUACAGAAUUGACUCGUCCACCAAAACUUGAUGCUAUACCAACGGGUAAACGAGAAGAAACACCAAACAUUGAAGAGCAUCCACAGUCAACAACACCAGAUGAACAACAACAAAAAGUAGAUGAUCAUCAACAUAUAAAAAGUGAAGAAGUCAAUGUUAAAGAUUUAGUUAAAGGCAAACCAAUUAUUUUUGUUGGUGGUGGACCAGGUAGUGGUAAAGGAACACAAUGUGAAAAAAUGAUUGAAAAAUAUGGUUUUACACAUUUAUCAGCCGGUGAUUUAAUUCGAGCAGCUGCAGAAGACUCAACAACUGAAAAAGGUCGUUAUUUUAAUGAAGUUAUGUCACAAGGAAAACUUAUAUCAACAGAAGAUAUUCUUGGUUUACUUAAAGAUGCAAUUCAAGAAAAAGUCAACGAAGCUUCCGGCUUUUUAAUCGACGGAUUUCCGCGUCGCGUGGAUCAAGGUGUACAAUUCGAAACAGAUGUUGCUGCAUGUGAUGUUUUAAUUUAUUUUGAUGUACCUGAUGAAAUAAUGAUUGAUCGAUUAACAAAACGUGGCGAAACAAGUGGUCGAAUUGAUGAUAAUCAAGAAACAAUUGCCAAACGUUUAGUUACAUUUCAUGAACAAACAACUCCUAUUUUGGGUUAUUAUGGUAAACAAGGAAAAUUAAUAACAAUUGAUGCUAAUCGAGAGCCAGAUGAAAUAUUUGCUGAUGUAUCACAAGCAUUAGUCGGCUUAAUGGAACAAAAGCAAGUAGUUGUUGAACAGAAACAUGGAUUAGAUAAAUUAAAAAAUUCUAAAAUUAUCUUUGUCGUCGGUGGACCAGGAUCAGGAAAAGGUACACAAUGUGAACUGAUUGUUGAAAAAUACGGAUUUACACAUUUAAGUACUGGAGAUCUUCUUCGUGAAGCUGUUCAAUCAAAAUCUGAACGAGGUGAACAACUCAAUGCAUUAAUGAAACAAGGCAAAUUAGUACCAAUGGAAGUUGUUCUUGAUUUACUCAAGGAAAACAUGCUUAAACGUGUAGAUAAAUCGAAAGGUUUUCUCAUCGAUGGAUAUCCACGUGAAGUUCCACAAGCAAAAAAAUUUGAAGAAAUGAUUGCUCCAUGUAAUCUUGUUCUUUAUGUUAAAGCAAGUGAUGAUACAAUGAUAAAACGAUUAUUACAUCGUGGUCAAACAUCUGGUCGAGUUGAUGAUAAUGAAGAAACGAUUAAACAUCGUUUAAAAACAUUUCAUGAUCAAACAUUUCCCGUUUUGGAUUUAUAUGAAAAACAAGGCAAACUAGCUGAAGUUAAUUCGGAAUUGGCACCAACUGAUGUUUUUACUGAAGUACGGUCUGCUCUUGAUAAACUUGCUUAA